AUGGCUACGAGUGAGCUCAAAACGCUGAAUGGCGUCACCAACAGACAUCAUCCGGAAGUCCCAAGCAUGCCACUGGCAAAAAUAAAAAGCAUCGAGUAUUUCCGGGUCAAGCCUAGAUGGCUUUUUGUUAAGAUCUGUGAUGAUCAAGGUGGAUAUGGUUGGGGGGAAGCGACUCUAGAAGGUCAUACCAAAGCGGUUGAAGGAGCCCUGGACGAAAUCAUUGACCGUAUCAUCGGUUACGAGGCGGAUGACAUCGAACAUAUCUGGCAAACGAUUUGGCGGCUAGGUUUCUACCGCGGAGGCCCUGUCUUUAUGUCGGCCUUGUCUGGAAUCGAUAUUGCACUAUGGGACCUGAAGGGUCGAAAAAUGAAUGUUCCCAUUUAUCGCCUCUUAGGGGGCAAAGUUCGCAACAAGGUCCAGGUCUACGCGUGGAUUGGCGGUGACAGGCCUAAGGACAUUGAAGUGGCUGCCAAAGCCCGCAUUGCCCAAGGUCUCAAAUGCAUCAAGAUGAACGCGACGGAAGAUGUUAACUGGCUCGACUCCCCUUCUGUUCUCGAUGCCACGGUCGAGCGUCUCCAAACGGUUAAAUCUCUUGGUCUGGAGGCAGGUCUUGACUUUCAUGGCCGCCUGCACAAACCCAUGGCCAAGCAGCUGGCGAAAGCUCUGGAGCCAUACCGACCCCUCUUCGUCGAGGAGCCGCUGUUGGUUGAGCACCCCGAGGGCCUCAAGCAGUUGUCGGACAGUACGACGAUUCCAAUCGCGCUGGGCGAGAGACUGUAUACCCGAUGGGAUGUCAAACGAUUUUUGGAGGAUGCGAGUAUCGAUAUCUUGCAGCCCGAUAUCGCUCAUGCGGGUGGCAUCUCGGAGACGAAGCGAAUCGCUAAUAUGGCCGAAGCGUACGAUGUGGCCAUCGCACCUCAUUGCCCUCUCGGUCCAAUAGCGCUCGCCGCAAGUAUCCAGGUGGCAUUGAGCAUUCCCAACUUUGUCAUCCAAGAAAUGUCUCUGGGAAUGCACUACAAUGUUGAAGCCGGCGAGGAAGAUCUCCAUACCUAUAUCGUUGAUCAGUCCGUGUUUGACAUCAAAGAUGGCUUCGUCGAGGCUCCGACUGGUGCGGGAUUAGGUGUCGAGAUCGAUGAGGCCGUCGUGCGUCGCGUCGCGCAGAGUACCCAACCGUGGCAGUGUAAGGAGUUCUAUGGUCCCGAUGGUUCAAUUAGGGAGUGGUAA